AUGUCGUCUCCAGAUCAGGAGGUGGUGUCUUCCAACAUGGUCGAUCAGCCCGAGCGGAGGGGGAACCAACCCGCGAAAUCGAUUCCCAAGUGUGAACGUCAUCUGACUCUGGUGUUACUACCCACUAGCCCACCAACCUACAAUGAGACCAACCCCGUUCAGCACCAAGUUGUCAUGAACGAGAAGGACGAUGUGGAUUUCGACAAGGAGAACAACAUCACGACCCCGGAUGGCGGAGAGCCAACCGAGUAUGAGAAGCGUUCUCUGCGUCACACCGCCGAGAACUUGCCCGUCUCGGCGUGGCUGGUGGCUGUUGUCGAGCUGUGCGAACGUUUCACCUACUACGGAAUGUCUGGUCUCUUCCAGAACUACGUCUUCCGUCCGUACAGUAGCGAAAAAUCCGAUGAGCCCGGUGCUCUCGGCAUGGGCCACCAGGGUGCUACCGGUCUCGUGACCUUUUUCCAGUUUUGGUGCUACAUUACCCCCAUCAUUGGUGCCAUCAUUGCGGAUCAGUACCUUGGCAAGUACAAGACCAUCGUUGUCUUCUGUGGAAUCUACAUCGUCGGUCUCUUGAUUCUGGUCUUGACGUCCCUGCCGGUCUCUCUGGAGCACGGUGCGGGUCUGCCCGGCUUCAUCGUGUCCAUUCUGAUCAUUGGUCUGGGUACCGGUGGUAUCAAGAGUAACGUCGCCCCUCUGAUCGCCGAUCAGUACAAGCGCAAGAAGAUGGCUCUUAAGACCAUCGCCAAGACCGGCGAGCGGAUUGUGAUCGACCCGGCGUUGACCAUCCAGCGUAUCUACAUGAUCUUCUACGGCUGUAUCAACCUGGGUUCGCUGUCGCUGCUGGCCACUCCCUACAUGGAGAAGUACAUUGGCUUCUGGACCGCUUACCUGCUUUGCCUGUGCAUGUUCGCUGCCGGUACCGCGGUGCUCCUGCUCGGUCGCAAGUUCUACGUCGUGCGUCCGCCCCAAGGCUCUAUCAUCACCGACGCCUUCAAGGCUCUCUGGAUCAUGCUCAAGAACCGCAACAUGGAUGCCCCCAAGCCCAGCUGGCAGGCCGAGCACCGUGCGGGUGCUCAGGUCUCCCUGCCCUGGGACGACCACUUCAUCGACGAGCUUAAGCGUGCCCUGGUUGCCUGCCGCGUGUUCGCUUUCUACCCCAUCUACUGGGUCGUUUAUGGCCAGUUCUCCGGUAACUUCGUCACCCAGGCCGCUCAGAUGAACGGUCACGGUAUCCCCAACGAUUUGAUGCAGAACUUCGAUCCCAUCUCGAUCAUUGUCUUCAUCCCCAUUCUCGAGUCGGUUGUGUACCCCAUCAUGCGCCGCCUGAAGAUUCCCUUCCGCCCCAUCACCCGUAUCGCCCUUGGCUUUGUCGUCGCGUCCUUGGCCAUGAUGUACGCCGCCAUCGUGCAGCACCUGAUCUACUCCGCCGGUCCCUGCUACGGCCAGCCUUUGUGUGACGCCGCCGGUGGUAAAGGAAAUGACGUGCACAUCGCCAUUCAGACCCCCGCUUACAUCUUCAUCGGUCUGUCCGAGAUUUUCGCCUCCGUGUCUGGUCUGGAGUACGCGUACACCAAGGCUCCUCCCUCGAUGAAGUCUUUUGUGCAGUCCAUGUACCUGCUCACCAACGCUUUCGGCUCGGCCAUUGCCGAGGCUCUGACGCCCGCGGCCUUUGACCCCGCCAUCAUGUGGAUGUUCGUCGGUCUUGCCUGUGCCCCUUCCUGUGCGGUAUCAUCUUCUUCUUCGUCUUCUUCGUCACCUGAACAGCCAGGAAGACGACAUGAACGCCCUGGAUGGACGACCCUCUGCCCGAGGAGGAUCACCCCCGCGGUCCCAACGAGCCUCACGAUCACUAAUUCAAUUCAACCCCAAAAGCACCUACCUGAGCCACGCUUGGUGACUUGA